UAAGUGAAGGGACCAAAUGUACAUCGCCCUAUUUAGAACGUUAGGUUCUGUUUCUUCCCCACUUCUCUCUGCCGUCCGAUCUCAGUGUGUAACGCAGUCAAACACCAAGCUAUAGAAGUUAUCACAAAGCGCGCCAAAUACAAAAUAAACCUCCUUUUCCCCUUCCUCUCAUUUAUCCUCUCUGAGGAAGCAAAGCAAACGAAUUUUUUUUAUAGAAAAACACAGAGAAUUUCUGAUUCAGCUGUAGGGUCAUCUGUCAAGUAGCUAAGGUUUAGGGUUUUGAUAGUAGUGUGUUUGAAGAUGGCGGAAGCACCGGCGAGUCCAGGAGGUGGUGGAAGCCAUGAGAGUGGGGGUGAGCGGAGCCCUCAAUCGAAUGUGAGGGAACAUGAUAGGUACCUUCCUAUAGCAAACAUUGGUCGCAUAAUGAAAAAAGCAUUGCCUACUAAUGCUAAGAUUGCCAAGGAAGCUAAAGACACUGUUCAGGAAUGUGUCUCUGAGUUCAUCAGUUUCAUCACCAGCGAGGCAAGUGACAAGUGUCAGAAAGAGAAGAGAAAGACAAUUAAUGGAGAUGAUUUAGUAUGGGCACUGACCACCUUAGGAUUUGAGGAGUACAUUGAGCCACUAAAGGCCUAUUUGAUUAGGUACAGAGAGAUGGAGGGAGACACCAAGGGAUCUGCUAGGGGUGGAGACGGGCCUGCUAGAGAGGAUAUAGUUGGAGGUCAGCUCAAUUCCAGUACACAGUUCGUCUAUGAAGGGUCUUUUACACACGGCUUAGACUAUGGGAACUCCCAAAUGUGAAUUUUUGAAAGAACGAUGGUGCAGAUACGAGUAUCUUCCGCCUUCUGCUCUUGCUGAUAUAUGUGCUAGACCACUCGAGGAUUACAGUGUUAUUUGUUUGAAAGCACUAGUAACCUGAAGUAUCCUGCAAAUCUUGAAUUAAGCGAUACUAACACUUUUGUUUUCUGUACUACUCUUUUAAGUACUUUGAUGAUCUGUAAAUGCAGUUUUGACUUUUAAUGUUAUAGACUGAUAACAAUCUUCUUUUUCUGCAAUA